AUGAUUUCAGGAAUCGCACAUGUCAAUCUGACCAUGCCCAAGGGGACCUUGGAUCAUGCCAAAGAAUUUUACGGCACCACGCUUGGUCUAGUGUCGGCCCCUGUGCCUGAGUUGCAGAUCGGGACUAUCUUAUGGUUCAAUCUUGGUUCUAGUGGACAGCAAAUACACGUCUCGGUCGGUACGACUGAUCCCACGGCUACCCGCCAUCCAUGCUUCAAGCUCGACACCCGGGAAGACCUAGAGGCUAUUAAGAAGAAUAUUUAUGACCACCAUGUUCGGGGUGGUGCUGCAGCCCCCAUGGCUGCUGAUAAGCCCGGAGAGCAGGACUCUGGUACCCAGGGGAAAGAAUACCCUACUCGCUUCUUUGCCCGAGAUUAUGCGGGUAAUUUGCUUGAAUUUACUAUGUAA